UGCCGUAGCAACUUAGGUAGCUUAGGGAUGCAGUACCUACGUGGUAGCCCUUGGGAGGUCGGCAGUGUGUUGUAUAUAUAUAACGAGAGUGAAACGUGAAUAGGUUCGGUGGCAGUUUGCGGGUGCGUUGUUAUUCUCGCGCCGAAAAGCAAAAGGAUCUCGGCGCCCAGGACGACAGAUACACACUAUGGAGUAUACAGACUCAGACCAGGUCAUCACGGUGCUCGACGGGGCGGUCAGCACGCGGGUGAUCCGACACCCGGAGCGCUCGUUCGCCUUCCACGUCACGCUCGACCUCGAGAAGGGGGCCGAGUUCUUCGGGCGCAAGCCGCCAAUCCACCUGCACGCGAACCAGGACGAGUACAUCCAAGCGGUCGCGGGGAAGCUCGGGCUCGAGAUCGAGGGCAAGGAGCUCGUGCUGACCAGCGCGGACCCCGAGUACACGAUCGGCCGCGGAGUGAACCACCGCUCGUACCCAAUCGAGCGCGCCGGCCAGGACGAGGGCGUCACCACCGUCGAGUUCCUGCUCUCCGGCCAGCGCACCCCGAGCGUCUUCGAGCUCAACACGCUGUUCUUUGAGAACUGGUACAAGUACCAGGAGGACAUGCGAAAGUCUAACAAGCCAGUUAGUCUCAUACAAAUAUUGAGUACAUUUGACGCGGGUGGGACAUACGUUUCCGUGCCGCGCUGGGUGCCUUUUGGCCGGUUCGUAGCCCAGGCUAUCGGUAUCGUGGUGGGCAGGUGGAUUGGCGGGUUACUUGGAUACCAGCCGUUCUACUCUGCUUACUCGACGGACUGGCCAUUGGCCUGCGAGAAGAUGCGGUCGACCAUCUUCCAACGGCGCUUUGCAAAGCCUUCCAAGACGGGCCAGGCCUAGUGGCUGUGUUUACGAGCGAUGCAUAACGGUGACCCGGUGGGAACUCGCGUG